AACCUGAGCCUCUGGCUCGCAGGGACGCCAUUUUCUCAGCGUCCAGCUGCGACCAUGGGUUCGUCGAAGCGGCACCGGGAGCGGGGCGAGACCUCCGAAGAACCUCCGCCUCCUGCCUCCGGCACCGGUGGCACCGGGACCUCGUCGUCGUCCCGCCACCGCGAGCACAAGAAGCACAAGCAUCGGAGCAGCGGCGGCAGCAACAACGGGAGCGAGCGGCGGAGCAAGCGGAGCCGGAGCCGGGGCGAGCGGAGCAGCCGGCGGAGUGGCGGGGAUGAGGCCGCUACCGCCUCCUCCUCCUCUUCCCGGGGAAGCCGUGCUGCCGCUAGCGGGAGCCAGGAGGGCGAGGUGGGGAGGCGGAUCAAGCGGGAGAAGCGCGACGAAGGAUAUGAAGCCUCCCAAAGCUCAGUUGUCGGUCCAAAGUCUAGCUCGGGAGAUGCUUCCCUCAGCAUUGAGGAGACAAACAAGCUUCGGGCUAAACUUGGGCUGAAGCCUUUGGAGAUCAAUUCUGUCAAAAAAGAAACUGGCAGCAAGGAGGACCCUGUGGCAGCUGAGGUCAUCAACCCAAUAGUGUUGAAGCAGCGAGAGGAGAUCCGGGAGAAGCUCGCUGCUGCCAAGGAAAAGAGGCUCCUGAACCAGAAACUAGGGAAGAUCAAGUCGCUUGGCGAAGAUGACCCCUGGCUCGAUGACACCGCUGCCUGGAUUGAAAGAAGUCGGAAGCUGCAGCUGGAGAAGGAUAUGGCUGAGAAGAGGGCCAAGCUCUUGGAAGAGAUGGAUCAGGAGUUUGGCGUCAGCAGCCUCGUGGAGGAGGAAUUUGGGCAGAAUAAGAAGGUGAGCUAUAGCUCACGGGAUUUGAAGGGUCUGACAGUCGAGCACACCAUUGAUUCCUUCCAGGAGGGGAAGACGGUCAUCCUGACGCUCAAGGACAAAGGAGUCUUGGAGGAGGAGGGCGGUGAUGUGCUGGUGAACGUCAACAUAGUGGACAACGAGAAAGCCAAGAAGAACGUGGAGCUGCGCAAGAAGAAGCCGGAAUACAAGCCCUAUGAGGAAGAGGAGACCGUGGACGACAUGGUGCUCUACAAGCACAAAAGUGUCCUGUCCAAGUACGAUGAAGAGAUCGAAGGGGAGAAGAAGAAGUCCUUCAAGCUGGACUCGGUGGGGAUGGCGGACGGGUCUUGGGAGCGGGAGCUGCAGCAGAUCCGGGACAGCCUACACAACCGGGCUCAGACCCUGGAUGUGCCGGGCCUCCGCCUGGCUUCAGAGUACUUCUCACCAGAGGAGAUGAACGUCACUUUCAAGAAGACAAAGCGACGGGUGAAGAAGAUCCGCAAGAAGGAGAAGCCAGUGAAGGCCGACGAUCUCCUGCCGCUGAGCAGCAAGGACAGUGAGAGGGACUUUGGCUCCAGGGUUCGUGGCCGGGGGAGGAGGAGGAGGACUGCCGUAGUGGAGGAAGAGGAGGCGGAGGAAGAUGGCGAGGGCUAUACGGAAUAUGCCAGGAAUGGAGCUUCAGGGCAGUUGCCCCAGUCAGACGACAUUCGGGUGGAGAGAAUGGAGAUCAGCAGUGAGGAUGAAGACGCUCUGACAGGCCCUGACUCUCCUGCUGCCCUGGAGGAGGAUGAGGCGGAACUGGAGCUGCAGAAGCAGCUGGAAAAGGGGCGGAAGCUGCGGCAGAUCCAGCAGCUGAAGGACAGUGGGGAGAAGGUCAUAGAAAUAGUGAAGAAGCUGGAGACCAGCCGAAGCCAAGAGGAUGACGACGAGCUGGAGCGGAAGGGGGCCAUAGUCUUCAACGCCACCUCCGAGUUCUGCCGCACACUGGGCGAGAUCCCAACCUAUGGGCUGGCCGGCAACCGCGAGGACCAGGAAGAGCUCAUGGAUUUUGAGCGAGAUGACGAGAGGUCAGCAAACGGGGGCUCAGACUCCGACGGGGAGGAGAACAUCGGCUGGAGCACUGUCAACCUGGACGAGGAGAAACAGCAGCAGGAUUUCUCAGCAUCCUCCACCACCAUCUUGGACGAGGAGCCCAUUGUGAACCGGGGCCUGGCAGCUGCUCUUUUGCUCUGCCAAAACAAAGGCUUGCUGGAGACUACCGUGCAGAAGGUGGCAAGAGUGAAGGCACCCAAUAAGUCGCUGCCAUCAGCAGUCUACUGCAUUGAGGACAAAAUGGCCAUUGAUGACAAAUACAGCCGGCGCGAAGAAUACCGGGGCUUCACUCAGGACUUCAAGGAGAAGGACGGUUACAAGCCAGAUGUGAAAAUAGAAUAUGUAGAUGAGACUGGGCGCAAACUCACACCCAAGGAGGCAUUCCGACAGCUCUCUCACCGCUUCCACGGGAAGGGUUCUGGGAAGAUGAAGACCGAGCGGCGCAUGAAGAAACUAGACGAGGAGGCGCUCUUGAAAAAGAUGAGCUCCAGCGACACCCCUCUGGGCACAGUGGCUUUGCUGCAGGAGAAGCAGAAGGCCCAGAAGACUCCUUACAUCGUGCUCAGUGGCAGCGGGAAGAGCAUGAAUGCAAACACCAUCACCAAAUAAAGGUCUUUGCUUUCUGCAUUGGAGAGAAAUGUUUGCUCAGGAUUCUGCGGAGAGCAGUACUGUGGCCAGGGUCCCCGCAGAGGGCCUAGGUCCAUUGCUUCCUGAAGGAAACGUGUUCAUCGUGUCCCUUCCCCACUUUGAAAUAUGGGGAGGGGGUGUAUAUAGUUGUGGAGCUGAGUUUUUAGCACCAUUUUUUUUGUAUCUAUAUAUGUGAAACCAAAUAGCUUAAGUAAAAGUAACUGCUUCCUC